AAGCAAAAAAAGAAUCCAUCGAGUUGUGUGUACCCAAUAUAUAUACCGUGGCCUACUAAAUUUGCUAGUCUCUUCUCCCUUCCUUGUUUAUCUACUCUCUUCCUUUGGUACAUCUGCCUUAACAGUGAUUAAAGAAAUGGAAAGCUACAAGGAGAUAAAAAUGGAAGAUCAUCCAAUGUCUUUCUUUGAUAAUUUUGCAGUCACUAACCAUUCAUUUACAGGCUUAAUGUCAGAUUGCAGUGCACCAUCUUUGGGGUUCAUGGAGUUAUUGGGUGUUCAAGACUUUUGUUCAUCAGCUUCAGUUUUUGAGUUACCAAAAGAAGAGAAACACCAAAUAGAACCUGCAGUUUCUGUAUCUGAAGAAGUAAAGCCAUCUUUGGCUGAGACCCAAAAUCAUCUUAUAAGUAGUGCUGUAGUAGCUGAUUCAUCUAACGUAUUGAAUACGCCAUGUACCCCAAACUGUUCUUCCAUUUCCUCUGAGACAAAUGAUGCAGAUGGGGAAGUAGAACAUCAUGACCAACAACAAACCAAGACAAAACAACAAUUGAAAGCUAAGAAAACAAGUCAGAAGAAGCAGCAGAGAGAGCCAAGAGUUGCAUUCAUGACAAAGAGUGAGGUUGAUUUUCUGGAAGAUGGCUACAGAUGGAGAAAAUACGGCCAAAAAGCUGUCAAAAAUAGCCCCUUCCCCAGGAACUACUAUCGUUGCACAAGUGCAACAUGUAAUGUAAAGAAGAGAGUAGAACGAUGCUUCAGUGACCCAAGCAUAGUGGUAACGACAUACGAAGGAAAACAUACUCAUCCAAGUCCCAUGAAUACCAUCAUGUCCCGUCCUGGCUGCCAUCCAACUCGAGUACUCCCUACACCUGCGGCCUUCCCUCUGCCAAUGCACUUCAAUAUUAAUCAGUACACUCACUUCAACGACUCGACAAAUCCUUUAGCCUUGAAUAAUCAGCUUGAUCAUGCUGCUUUUGUUGCUCAUGGAACGCGCUUUUGCACUGCUGAGAUGAUGGGAGACCAGGGACUCCUGCAGGAUCUUAUGCCCUCCACGGUGCUAAACCAAGACUAUAGAUGAUGUAUAUGCAUUACUUCGUUAGCUAGUGCUACUAUUUGGCAUUUCUAAUAUAUCCAUCCAAAUUUACGCAAAUCUUAUGGUUCUAACAGUGAAGUUUUAGGAUCCUCUAUGCAUGUUUAUAUUUUUCUACUUCAGCAAUAUAUUUAGCUUAUUAGUAUUUAGUACUGCAUAUAUAUGUACCCUCCUUUACCUGUGGCUAAUUUGUUUUCCAUAUUAAUUCUUCGAGAAUGUCUGUGUAUAUGGAGGCCUAAGGAAUGUUGUAUGUAACGAUCAUGCGAUUAAAGAAUAUUUUUAGGGUUCUUUA